AUGGAGGCUGGACCUCAUUACCGCUUCAGGAAAAGAGACAAAGUCAUGUUUUAUGGACGAAAGAUCAUGAGGAAGGUCCAGACUUUGUCGUCUCCUCCUCCGUCCAACUCUGCGUCUCGACAGAAGACGAGGAAAAGACCCAAAGUCCUGAGCAUCGCCCGAAAGAUCCUUCGCCUCCGCAGAGAGCCCACGGUGCUGCAGCCUAAAGAGCCGCCUCCGUCUCUGCUGGAGGCCGACCUGACGGAGUUCGACGUCCAGAGCUCUCACCUGCCCUCUGAGGUGCUCUACAUGCUCAAGAACGUCAGGGUCCUAGGACACUUUGAGAAGCCAUUGUUCCUGGAGCUCUGCCGUCACAUGGUGUCGAUCCAGCUUCACCAGGGGGAGGCGCUGUUCCGGCCCGGAGACACUGACGACAGCAUCUAUGUGGUUCAGGAGGGCCACCUGGAGCUGUGUAUCCACGAGAGUGACGGUACAGAGGCUGUGGUGAAGGACGUUCUGGCCGGAGACAGUGUCCACAGUCUGCUCAGUAUCCUGGACAUUAUCACCACCCAGAGUAGACCCCUCCCCCAGGGGGGCAGUGGCCAGGCCCUCCCCUCAGGGGACAGUGGUCAGGCCCUCCCCUCAGGGGACAGUGGUCAGGCCCUCCCCUCAGGGGACAGUGGUCAGGCCCUCCCCUCAGGGGGGCAGUGGUCAGGCCCUCCUCUCAGGGGGCAGUGGUCAGGCCCUCCCCCCAGGGGGGCAGUGGUCAGGCCCUCCCCCCAGGGGGGCAGUGGUCAGGCCCUCCCCUCAGGGGGCAGUGGUCAGGCCCUCCCCUCAGGGGGCAGUGGUCAGGCCCUCCCCCCAGGGGGGCAGUGGUCAGGCCCUCCCCCCAGGGGGGCAGUGGUCAGGCCCUCCCCCCAGGGGGGCAGUGGUCAGGCCCUCCCCUCAGGGGGCAGUGGUCAGGGCCUCCUCUCAGGGGGCAGUGGUCAGGCCCUCCCCUCAGGGGGCAGUGGUCAGGCCCUCCCCUCAGGGGGCAGUGGUCAGGCCCUCCCCUCAGGGGGGCAGUGGUCAGGCCCUCCUCUCAGGGGACAGUGGUCAGGCCCUCCCCUCAGGGGGGCAGUGGUCAGGCCCUCCCCUCAGGGGGGCAGUGGUCAGGCCCUCCUCUCAGGGGACAGUGGUCAGGCCCUCCCCUCAGGGGGGCAGUGGUCAGGCCCUCCUCUCAGGGGGCAGUGGUCAGGCCCUCCCCCCAGGGGGGCAGUGGUCAGGCCCUCCCCCCAGGGGGGCAGUGGUCAGGCCCUCCCCUCAGGGGGCAGUGGUCAGGCCCUCCCCUCAGGGGGGCAGUGGUCAGGCCCUCCCCCCAGGGGGGCAGUGGUCAGGCCCUCCUCUCAGGGGGCAGUGGUCAGGCCCUCCCCUCAGGGGGCAGUGGUCAGGCCCUCCCCCCAGGGGGGCAGUGGUCAGGCCCUCCCCUCAGGGGGCAGUGGUCAGGGCCUCCUCUCAGGGGGCAGUGGUCAGGCCCUCCCCUCAGGGGGCAGUGGUCAGGCCCUCCCCUCAGGGGGCAGUGGUCAGGCCCUCCCCUCAGGGGGCAGUGGCAGUGGACUGGGACCAACAAAUGGCCAGGGCGUUAUUAUUUUUCACAUUUAG